AGAGGCUUGAAAGGUCGGGGCCACGACGGCGAGAGGAGCAGCAGAGGAUUAGCUUUUCCCCACGGAUCCUUCUCGUCUUCCACGUGAUUCGAGUCGCCUCUCUCCGUCAGCCCAAACAUGGACGCAAGCAGGCGCCCAAGUGGAAUCCAGCAAUUGCUUGCUGCAGAGCAAGAUGCUCAGCAAAUUGUAAAUGCUGCCAGGGCUGCUAAAACGGCAAGGCUUAGGAAAGCAAAAGAAGAGGCGGAGAGAGAGAUAGCUGAGUACCGUGCGCAGAUGGAGGCUGAUUUCCAGAGAAAGCUCACCGAGACCAGCGGUGACUCUGGUGCAAAUGUCAAACGCCUUGAGCAAGAGACAAACGUAAAAAUUGAACAGCUCAAGCAGCAGGCAGCAAACAUCUCCCCAGAGGUGAUUCAGAUGCUUCUGAGGCACGUCACCACUGUGAAGAACUAAAGGUUGAUGAGUCGGCCCUGCAUAUUAUGAUGACAACUUUGUACUAUCUGUUUAUUUCUUUGGGAGGUGUUAUAAGAAAUGGCUUUUGCCACUUCCAGCUGUAAUUCCUUGUUCUUUGUCUUGGAAAUAAGCUGCUACAGUUGAGCAGCAGCCAUGUCUGAUACUACUUGCUAAACCUUUGGUGAUUAGUUCGUAAAUUUUGUCGAUUUAAA